CCGCAGCUACUGAGCUUACUAAUCGACUUCACAACAGAUGAGAGCCAGCCGUUAUGGCGAGGUUAUUUCUACGCUUGUCUGUUACUCCUCGUGAGCCUUACUACGACAGUUGUGAAAAACAUCUUCUUUUACCGAGACCAGAUCAUCGCGGCGCAACUGAGGGCGUCUUUCAUGGGCGCCGUUUAUCGCAAGGCGCUGGUCCUCUCGGCAACGGCAAGGCGGCAGUUCACGUUGGGCGAAAUCGUUAACCUAAUGGCGGUUGACUCCCAGCGCUUGAGUGACACCGUUCUGUAUUUCAACCUGGCCUGGGGCGCUCCUAUCGUCAUAACCAUGGCGCUCUAUUACCUGUGGCAAAUUCUAGGUCCAUCAGUGUUGGCAGGCCUGGCGGUGUUGGUACUCCUGAUUCCUGUCAACAGCGUGAUUGCCAACCAAGUUCAGAAAUUACAGGUCGCCCAAAUGAAAUUCAAGGACAAGAGGAUUAAAAUGGUCAGCGAAAUCAUUAACGGAAUCAAGGUGCUGAAGCUGUACGCGUGGGAGGCUUCCUUCGUCCGCCAGGUUCAGGAGAUCAGGAAGGACGAGAUUCGGGUCAUGAGGAAGUCAGCCUAUUUCCAGGCUUUCGUCUCCUUCAUUUUCCUCACGUCGCCCUACAUGGUGGCACUGGCGUCGUUCGCUACGUACUUGCUGACGUCAGACGAGAACAAACUGGACGCACAGACGGCCUUCGUGUCGCUCUCGCUCUUCAACAUCAUGCGCAUGCCCAUCACGCAGCUGCCCGGCCUCAUCGCACAGUGCAUCCAGGCCAAAGUUUCAUUGAGGAGGAUGGAGAAGUUCCUGUCGUCUGGCGUCAUUGACUUUUCAGCCGUGAGCCGUGACGACAAGGAGAAAUCAGCCGUGGUGGUGAGUGGCGGGGAGUUCACAUGGGGCGUGAAAGAAGACGAGGAGCCGUGGGUGCUGCGCGAUGUGGAUCUGAGGGUGGAACCGGGGCAGUUGGUGGCAGUGGUGGGAUCAGUUGGGGCAGGCAAGAGCUCUCUCGUGUCUGCACUCUUGGGCGAGAUGACUAAGAAUGCUGGUCGUGUGACUGUAAAUGGCAAAGUGGCAUAUGUCGCCCAACAAGCGUGGCUCCAGAACGCGAGCCUGAAGGACAACAUCACGUGGGGACAGCCUGUGGAUGAGAAGAAGUAUCAGAAGGUCAUUUCUGCCUGCGCUCUCCAGCCUGACCUCGACAUGCUCCCUGCCGGAGAUAUGACAGAAAUUGGGGAGAAGGGCGUCAACAUGAGCGGCGGGCAGAAGCAGAGGGUCGCUCUCGCGCGCGCAGCCUACAGCGACGCCGACGUCUUCCUGCUCGACGACCCUCUCAGUGCGGUCGACGCGCACGUCGGUCGGCACAUCUUCGACAACCUCAUCGGUCCUCAGGGGCUGAUGAACGGCAAGACCCGCAUCCUGGUGACGCACGCGCUGGCCUACCUCCCGCGCGUCGACACGGUGGUGGUGGUGCAGGACGGCCGCCUGGUGGAGCGCGGGACGUACUCGCAGCUGCUGGCCAAAGGAGGCAACUUCGCGCAGUUCCUUCUCAACCAUAUCAACAACGCGGAAGAAGUCGAGGAUGACGAAGAUGACAUUGACGAGUUGGUGGACCAAUUGGAAGACACGCCUAUGGGACAGAAGUUCCUUAGUCAGAUUGCGAGGCAGAACAGCAAGGUCGAAGAAGGAAGUGCUCACGGCAGGAUCGGCAGUAUCCGACGCAGAAGGAGAGGCAGCAGCUGUGGGAGCGGAACCCGCUUGAGCGAGAGCGACACCGAAGGAAGGGGCGUCCCCAGGAUCCUAAGGCAGGACUCCAAACUGAGCCGAGGUGGAGGAGGAGGAGCUGGAGGGAGACCCAGCGUCGACCACGAGAAGAUCCCCAUGAAAGAUAUGAAGGAACCUGCCGGGAAAACGCUUGUGCAGGAGGAGACGUCCGAAACCGGGAAGGUGCAGUGGAAGGUGUACCAGUUCUACGCUGUCACCAUGGGUCUCUUGCCUGCCAUCCUUCCUUGCAUUUUCUUCGCUGUUGCCCAAGGUUGUCAGGCCGGAGGUAAUAUCUGGCUCUCUCAGUGGUCCACCAAAACACUGGGAGACGAGGAAAUUACUGAGAACGUAACCAACACCAUGGGCAACGUCACCAGCAAUAUCACCGAGGAUGGAUUCGACAAAACUCAAUUUCUGGCUGGCUACGGAGGUUUCGGCUUAGGGCAGUCUCUUUUCUACUACAUGGGAUCGUUCUUGAUCUGGACCGGAUGCAUGCGGGCGGGAAUCCGGAUUCACCACCGCGUUCUUGACAACGUGCUCCGACUGCCCAUGAGCUUCUUCGACACCAACCCGAGCGGCAGAAUCAUGAACCGCUUCAGCAAAGACGUUGAUGUGCUGGAUAGUCUCCUGCCGAUGCUUAUGGGUGCUGGACUCUCCUGCUUUGCCGAGGUUGCGUCGACCCUGAUCGUGCUGGUGGGGUCAACGCCUCUCGCGGGGCUGGUGAUCGUGCCCAUCAUGGUCUUCUACUACUUCAUCCAGGUCGUCUACAUCUCAUCCGCACGGCAGCUCAGGAGGAUCGAAUCGGUGUCGAAGUCUCCGAUUUUCUCUCACUUCGGGGAGAGCGUGCAAGGCGUGGCGACCCUCCGUGCCUUUAAAAUGGAGGAAGCUUUUAUGGCGGAAUCUCAGAGGCGAGUUGAUCUCACCACGAAGGCCAAUAUUUCAAACUUGGCUUGCAACAGAUGGCUGGGCGUGAGACUUGAGUUCAUCGGAAAUUUAAUAACUUUCGUGGCGGCCAUCUUCUCUGUCGUGGGCCGGGGUGACGUCAGCGCCGGUAUGGUCGGCCUCACCAUCACUUACGCCCUCAAUGUGACGGUCACUCUCAACUGGCUGGUGCGAGUGAGCUCUGACAUCGAAGCCAACAUCGUAUCUGUGGAGAGGAUCAUGGAAUACAUCCAGGAAGAGAGAGAGGCCGAGUGGACGAUCCAGAAAACCGCUCCUCCUCAAGCCUGGCCCGAGCACGGCGUGGUGUCCUUCAACAAGUACCAGACGCGCUACCGGCCAGGACUCGACUUGGUGCUCAAGGAUGUCUCGUGCACCAUCCAGGCCGGGGAGAAGGUUGGCAUUGUCGGAAGAACUGGAGCAGGAAAGUCAUCCCUCACGCUCGGGCUCUUCAGGAUUAUCGAGGCAGCUGGAGGAGACAUUGUCAUAGACGGCGUAGACAUCUCCAACAUAGGCCUACAUGACCUCCGCAACCGCCUCAGCAUCAUACCUCAGGAUCCUGUGUUGUUUAGCGGGACGCUGCGUCUUAACCUGGAUCCCUUCAACGAGCACUCCGAAGAGGAGGUCUGGAGAGCCGUGGAAAUGGCCCACCUCGGGGCUUUCGUCAAGGCGCAGACCGAGACUCUCCAGUAUGCCAUAGAUGAAGGGGGCUCCAAUCUCAGCGUUGGCCAAAGGCAGCUUGUUAGCCUUGCACGAGCAUUGUUGAGACAGUCUCGCAUCUUGGUGUUGGACGAAGCCACGGCGGCCGUCGACGUAGAAACUGAUGACCUCAUACAAAAAACUAUCAGGUCGCAGUUUGCUAGCUGUACAAUCCUGACCAUAGCUCAUCGUUUGAAUACUAUUAUGGACAAUGAUAGAGUAAUGGUGUUGGACAAGGGCAAAAUCGCCGAGUUCAGCGACCCAGCGUCCCUCCUGGCGAACAAAAAGUCCAUUUUCUACGGCAUGGCUAAGGACGCCGGCUUGGUGUAGUGCCCGAGACAAAUCUUCCAGCUAGAUCUAGUUCAAAACUAGGAAUGAGUUUACUGAAUUUUGUAUAACCGCGUUCAAUGAAUGGUUCAACAGUUAGGGAGGAUACUAAGAGUGAAAUAGACAAACUCAGUGAAACGAAUGUGUUCACACUAAAUACGCUAGUGAAACUAAAAUACAAUACACACUAUAUGAGCUGUUGACAUACAGUACUUAAAUUUAACCCCGUAAAGUAUAUGAUUCAAGGGAAGCCCAUUGAUACCACCCCAUUUUACUUUUCCUUGUAGAGUUUUAAUAUGAUCUCAUUAACGUGAAACACUAUUUCUAAAAUUUGAUUAAAAGCGUUGCAUUUGUUGAAUAUUGAUUAUUGGAUAUUCCAAAUGCUUCUCAGAGCUAGCAUUCGCCUUGUCAAAAAAGGAAAAAAAGAAAAAAAGUAGGUAAGGUAUGUGAAAUAAACUAUACUCAAAUGGACAUAUAACUUUAUAUGACUGGCUUCAGGUUCCACUUCAUGCUUGGGAAUUUGAAAUGUCAGUCCUACUGGAGAUAUACUUAGUAUAAGUAAAUUUUGAUGAUAUGGAAUAUUUUUUUAAACAAAAUGAUACAUUUUGUUGAAAUAAGGAAGGUCUGUGAUAUAUACAUGUGUGUGUAUGUACAAAAAAGUAUAUGUAUUUACGUAUGUGUAUAUAUGAAUAUACAGUAUAUGAAAGCCAUGAACUCUGCAAACGUUCGUUUAACAAACUCUUUUGUGCCUUUGAUGGUUGUGACUCUUAUACCAGAGCAAUACCAGUUCAUCUUUUUCUGAAAAUACAACAUGAAAACGACGCAGACACUCAAGUAAACAUAGUCUUUGCAUGGUAAUGAUAUUUUCCCCUCGAAUAACGGUUAGCAGAUUGACUAAGAAAAUUGAUAAAUAAUGUAGCUGAUUAUAUCUUACAUUAAUAACUUAAUUAUGUACUUAUUAAAAUAUGUAACCAGUAUGCCAUGUGUAUAUAACAAACAUUAUGAUUACACGUGUGUGUUCGAUUAUCUAUUUUUGUUACAUUGUUGUACAUUUAAUUAAAUAAAACUUAGAAGAAUC